ACAGCGAACAAGUCCAGGUAUUUUGUUUGGACGGAAGACCAUGAUGUCUUGAUGCUUCGCGAAGCUGUAACAAGCGAACCUUACAAUUUUAAACCGAAAAGCAGCGAGAGAGGAAAAGUAUGGGAAAGCAUCGCAACCUAUUUGAAUUCUCUGAAGACUCCAGAAUUCAGGGUUACAGCAAGGGCAGUGAGAGAUCGAUAUGCACUCCUGACCUCCCGGCACAAACUAAAGCAAAGAGAAGAAGAGAAAGCAUCUGGGAUCGAUGUCCCCGAGCUCACAGAGCUCGAUGCCUUGUUGGAAGAAAUUCGAGAGCGAGAGAAAAGCGCAGAAGAAAAGAGUGACGCCCUGAGAAACGAGAGGAAGGCAAAAGAUGAGAAAGAAAAAGCUAAAGCAGAGGAAAUCAGACAGGCGGCUCCUCAGACAAUGGCAAUUAGAAAGAACGAUGAUAGUGGCGAGAAGCCAAAAAAAGCUAAAUUGAGGAGGAGCACCUCUGAUGCAAUCGGAUUUUUGGCCGAGAAGUCAGAGAAAGAGAGAGAAUUGAAAAAGGAAGAGUUAGCCAUCAGAAAAAGAGAGCUCGAUCGAGCAGAAACUAGACAAGAGGGGGCUGUGAGGCAGCAGCAGCAGCUUCAACAGCAAAACCUUCAAAUUAUGCUUGACCAGCAAAACAAGGUAUUUAUGGCAUUGAUGGAAAAUAUAAAAAAGCAUUAA